UAGACCGAGGCGAAUCGGAUCACAGGGCGAAUCGGAUCAAAAUAAGAAAUCGGUUGAUAAUUCAAAUAUCGCAUUCACAUAGAACGCACUUAACUGGCGUUUUGCGUCCCUCCCUUUACUCCGCACCUCCCGACAUAAGCAGUAUUCGAUCGCGCUUGUGAAUCAGUAGCAACGCCGCUCUUCAGCGACUCGGUUAUUUGUGUGUGUCGCAAUUUGGCGCUCAUCUAAGUUACGUACUUACGAUUUCUUUGUGUCAUAUGACGGAUUUGUGUUCAAACUCAACUAUAUUGGUUUAUAUUGUUAAGCAAGGUAUGUAUAUUAUAAAACCAAUUCGCUUUUAAGUAUAAUCUUAGAGGUAAACGUCUAAAAUAUUUAUUUCAAAAGUCUUAAUUAUGGGGCUAAUCGGAUCAUAUCCUCAGGGGCGAAUUGGAUCAUACUUUUAAAUUGAUUUAUUACAUGUUUGAGGUUAUUGAUUCAUAUUUAUUUCAUUGUAGAUGGUUCGCACGUACAAAAGAAAGACUGAUGCCGGAGAAUGGUCUCAAGAAAAAAUGGACGAGGCUGUUAAUAAAGUCCAGAACAAAAAGUUGACCAUACGAGAAGCUGCUAAGACUUUUUCAGUACCGUUCACGAGCUUACAGAGGAGAGUUACUCUAUCCAGGGGUACUAUUAAGCGUCGAGGUGGACAACCAGCUUUAGAUGAGAAUGCAGAAAAGAGGUUAGCUGACCGCCUAUUGCACUUGGCAAGUCGUGGCUUCGGUAUUACACCCAAAGCGGUACGUAAGUACGCGUUCGAAUUUGCAGAACGACAAAACGUACAACACAAAUUUGAUAGAAGUGCUGGAAUGGCUGGUCAGGACUGGUUUCAUCGCUUCUUACAAAGAAAUAAAAACAUAUCUAUUCGGAAGCCGGAAGGUCUCUCAAGAGCAAGGAUUAAUGGUAUGAAGGAGGAAAAAGUGGCAGAAUUCUUUAAUACUUUGAAAACAGUAGUAGAUAACAACAAUUUAAGAGGAAGACCUGAAUGUGUAUACAAUGUUGAUGAAACGGGGAUGCCGCUUAAUAACCGCCCACCCAACAUUAUAGCCCAAAAAGGUGCUAGAGAUGUUGUCAGCAUGACCAGUGUUGAACGAGGUGAAAAUGUAACAGUUCUAGCCUGUAUGAAUGCAGCAGGACAGUACAUACCUCCAUUUGUUCUAUUCAAAGGUGUGCGUAAACGUGACGAUUUUCUGUUAGGUAUGCCACCGGGUACUGAAGUUGCCAUGACAGAAAAGGGCUGGGUCACCGAAGAAGCGUUUAAGUUGUGGCUGCAACAUUUCAAUCGCUACCGGACCUCAGGAAAAGUAGUUCUAAUUUUGGAUGGACAUGCAUCACACACCAGCUAUUCAGUGGUAGACUUGUGUGACUCUUUUGAAAUUGAACUUGUACUUCUUCCUCCACACACAUCACAUGCCUUGCAACCACUCGAUGUAUCGUUUUUCAAACCGCUCAAAACCUAUUAUCACCAACAAGCUACAGCAUGGCAACAUUCACAUCCGUAUCAAGGAAUCACAAAAGUCGCUUUUGGAGCACUUUUCCAACGGGCUUGGAAUCAGGCUGCUUCUGUUGGGAAUGCUACAAAAGGCUUCGAAAAGACUGGAAUAUUUCCACUAAACGCCAAUGCAAUACCUGACUACAAGUUAAUCGGUGAUAUAGAGUCGGAUAUUGUAGAGUCCCAAGUCUAGUCCCCAAGUUCCCAACAAAUGCAAGCCACAAAUACACAACCACAAGCUGAUACAUUGUCAUCUGCAAGUUCACGACAGUCUGAUAAAGCCCAGUCUUCCACCUGUGCAGAUGAAGACAGAAAGAAGAUGAAGAAUAAAGCAACGCCUGGGAUAAAAAUUAAGAGUUCAUCAGCAAAACAGAGAGAGUGUCAAGUGCCCCAAGUCCAAUCCACGAGUUCCCAACAGGUGCAGCCACAAGACCAAUCCUCAAGUGCAGAACAAGUGCAGUCAAAAAUAGAGGUCCAAGUCCAAGGCACAAAUACAAAACCACUUGAUGAUAUAGUGCCAUCCACAAGCUCGCAACAAUCUGACGAAGUCCAGCAACCUGUGGAGAAGUAAUUAAAGAAAUUCUCCCAUCACCUUUAAAGUCACCAAUUGCUUCUAAGAGGUUUCGUAAAGUUUCAAAACUGGUCUUGCAUUUAACAUCACCUCAGAAUAAGACUACUCUUCUCGAAAAAGAAACAAAGAAGAAAUUUAAGAUAGAGAAUAAAGCCAAUGAAAAUAAGAAAAAGGCUGUGGGCAAAGAAAAUACUAUGAAGAAGAUGAAGAAUGAAGCAAAGCCUGCGAUAAAAAUUAAGAGUUCAUGUGCAAAACAGAGAGAGUGGCACUGCAUUUACUGUUCCGAAAUAUUCGUUCAUCCACCAUCAGAGGAUUGGAUUCAGUGCAAUGCUUGCGAAGAAUGGUGCCACGAAAAAUGUGCAUAUAGGGGGGGGGGAGAAAGGGCCAUAUAUAUGUGAUUUAUGUGGCAAUAAUUAAAAUUGAUCUAACUAUCAAUUUUUUACUGAUUCCAAAGUUAUAGUGUUAAGAAACCUUAAAUUAUGUUACAUGUUGUGUACGAUCCGAUUCACCCCGAAAAUGGGGGCGAUUCGGAUAUUUUCCUUUUUUUAGUUUUUGAUAGCUAAUUAAUAGAAUAUAUGGAUGAUUUAGGUUUUAAAAUGUUUAUUUAAUAGCUAAUUAGUACUUCUUGUGAUUUUAUCAAUAAAAAUAACAUUAUAUAACACUUUAGUAUGAUUUGCUCAGCCUCAAAGAAAAAGUGAUCCGAUUCGCCUCGGUCUA